GUUGACUUCCCUGUUUUUGUUUAACCAUCCACGGUCUGUCCUAAGUAUGUACAAAAGUACCAAAGUCACCAUCACCAUCGAUAUAAAUAUUCACAUUAGCUGCAACAACAACAAUAACAAACAUCAUUAAAUCAACAUGAUUGACCUUGGUGUAUAUGUUAUUGAACUGGUUGAACAUGAAGGAAAGAUUAAAUUACUAGGAUCAGCAGCUGAAAGGAAAGAUUGUGAUGAGAUACUUGAAAUCAAUGGUGAAUCUCUGGAGACAGCUACUCACCAAGAAAUCAUUCAAUACAUAAACCAGUGUAUACGAACUCGGACAAUAUGCUUACGAGUUAAAAGACGGACAAGUGGGAAAAACCAGGAACAAGCUGCUUCAUCAUCAUCUUCAUCUGUUGUUGAAACAACCAGCAAAUCGUGUAAAUCAAGUGUCAAAUAUUAUGAAUUGAGUGAUAAAAAUAUGGAAUUAGUAGAGUUAAAUACAAAAAAUUUAAGCCCCUACCGUGAGGUACCUGUUGAUGUUCCUGAAUCGUUUGUUGGUAUCGUCAAGCAAAAACCUCGAUACCCACCACCACCACCGCCUCCACCUCCUUCCAAUUCACCCUCGUUGGGGUCAACUCAGCCGAUGUCCGAUGAAGCUGAAAAAUUGCGUAAAUAUUCCGAAGACAUUAGUCGAAAGAAAGCGGAAGAGGAAUUCCUUCGUACUAGUUUAAGACAUAGUAAAAAAUUGAAACAAUUGGAACACAAGAGGAAAGUCAACGAAGAUAUUCAAUGUGAAUCUGCGGUUAACGAUGCCUUCGAGGGUGACGAUGAUUUUAAUGAACAAAACAAAAUUCUUCCUAGCAUCGAUUUAAAUCCCAUUUUAGAUCGUGUUGUCCAACAAUUAAAUAACGAAUUGAAGGAACUUGUUACCAAAACUGAUUUAACCAAAUUAGUUAGUGUUUAUAACAGUAUUAUGCAACAAAAACAAAAACAACUUUCCCUGCCAUGUGUAUCUAUGCCGGCAACUGAUCUCCUUGGUGACAUUGUUAUGCUUUUACAAAAGUAUCCUGAAAGUAGCGAAGCAGCAGAACUUCUUGAGAUACUUACAAAAUUUGAAUUGGAAGGACUUUGCUUCGCAUUUGAUCGGAUUGUAUCAACAGUAAAAGAUUAUGAACUGUCACCCGCAACUACUUCUCAUCAAGCCGUGAAAAAUGAUCAAGAAGUUAAAAUGGAAAUGGAAAUGGAAAUGGAAGACCUGAAUUGCGAAUUAAAUUCAAAUGUACGAGUUGUUAGGAUAGAAAAGUCGACAUGUGAACCUCUUGGUGCCACAGUGCGAAAUGAACCUGAUGGUAGAGUUAUAAUCGGAAGGAUAGUUAAAGGUGGAGCUGCUGAAAAAUCAGGUUUACUUCAUGAAGGCGAUGAAAUAUUGGAAGUCAAUGGUAUUGAAAUGAAAGGAAGAAAUGUCAAUCAAGUUUGUGAUCUGUUGGCUGAAAUGACAGGUACUUUAACUUUCGUUGUGGCCAUAAGGGAUCAAGUAACAAAAACUACAUCCACCGAAAAUCACACACAACUUAUCCAUUUAAAAGCAUUAUUUGAUUACGAUCCUGAUGAAGAUGUAUACAUUCCAUGUCGUGAAUUGGGCAUUUGUUUCUCGAAAGGUGAUAUACUUCAUAUAAUUGACCAAACAGACACUAAUUGGUGGCAAGCUUAUCGUGAUGGAGAACAGGACCAAUCGCUUGCUGGACUCAUUCCUUCAGUACAUUUCCAGUUGCAACGUGAAGCAAUGCAACAAUCAAUGUUACUUGAUAAUAAUAAUACUACUGCCCAUAACUACAAGAAUCGCGCCAACAAAAAAUCAGCAUCUUCCAUUAUAUUUAACUGUGGUAAAAGAUAUCAUAAUAAGAGGAAAAAACAUCGGAAAAUGAUGAGCUUAAUUUCAGGUUCAGAUGAAACUCUUACCUACGAAGAAGUUUCCCUUUAUUAUCCAAGAGCCAACAUCAAGCGACCUAUUGUUUUAAUUGGUCCUACCAACAUUGGACGCCAUGAAUUGAGACAAAAACUUAUGCAAGAUUCAGAAAGAUUUGCAGCAGCAAUACCUCAUACAUCGCGACCUCAACGUGAUGGAGAAAUUUCAGGAAUAGAUUAUCAUUUCAUAUCACGCCAAGCCUUUGAGCAGGACAUAAAAGAUGGAAAAUUUGUUGAACAUGGACAGUUUGAAAAAAAUUAUUAUGGAACCUCAUUGAGUGCGAUUGAAGCUGUUGUACAAUCGGGUAAAAUUUGUGUUCUCAAUUUACAUGUUCAAGCAAUUCCAAUGUUGAGACAAGGACAUGCUGGUGCCAAGCUUAAGCCUUAUAUCGUUUUUGUGGCUCCACCGACCAAUAUUGAGACAUUGAAACGAGUAAUAGCUUCAACUUACAGAGGUCAAGAGGAAGGCAAUAAUCUACCAUUGAAUGAGUUACAAGCAAUCAUUGACGAAGCCCGUGAUAUUGAAGUCCGUUUUGGCCAUCAUUUUGACAAAGUUCUUGUAGUGAAUGAUAUUGAAUCAGCUUAUCAAGAAUUAUUGAGAGAAAUCAAUUCCCUGGAAAGAGAACCUCAAUGGAUUCCAAGUAUUUGGAUUAAAUAAAGAUGUCCAUCUCAUUUUAAUCAUCUCCAUUAUUUAUACAUAUGCAUGUAAAGAAAACAAUCAAUUCAAAUUUACUCUAAAUGGAUCAUAUUUGUCCACUGUUUUACAAGCUCAAUUUUAAUCAAAUUGUUCUCACCAAAUGUUUGUUUUCUCUGUUUUUUUUCGCUUAGCUAAAUUUGUUUUCAAUUUGCUGAAAUCAGUUAUUAUUAUGUAGUUUUAAAAUUGAUCCAGCAAAAAGUACAAUGUAUUUAAAGAACGAUUUUAGCUAAAAAUUGAUGAAAGCGAAAGGUAAUGCUUACUUUUGCUAUGAUAAAACGAAACAUCUCCGAAAACAAUUCCAAAAAAUUAUACAAAUUAUAAUGAAUGCAAUUUUUGCUAAAGAGAUACGAAAAAAUGUGAUUAAUAAACUAUUGAAAGAUGUUUGA